CAUAAUUGUCUCAUAAUUGUCUCAAAAAGAAGGAUGCUGGUGCAGAUUUUUUUUUUUUUUUUGCUUGAUUAUGAUGCUUGCUGUGGUUCUGCCUUUUUUGUCAAAAGAAAGACACUCAGCUUUUUUGGUGUGCUCACUGAUGGAAAUUAAAGUCUCUAGCUCCUCCUUCUCACUAUCUUCCAGAUCUUUGGCUGGUGCCAUUAAUGUCAGCAUUUAAUCACAUUUGUCUGCAAUUUAAAAAAAAAAAAAAAAAAAAAGAGCAGAAGCCAGUGCAGAUUUACUGACAAUGAAAUUAUUAUAAUGCAGUUGUAUAUUAAUCUAAUCUUUUAAAAAUGGAUUAUGAGAGAGCAGAAACAGGAGGCUGUAAAGGUUAGACAAAAUAGGCAUUGCAGUAAUGGAGUGUCCUAUGUGUCUGUGCGUCCUCUCUGACAGACGAGAAUGGAAGGGCAUCAGACCACCAUGAAGUGUUCAAGGAAAGUAGUGCUGUUUCUGGUAUGCCUUUGUCUGGCGGUGCAGUACACAGCCAUCCGCUCCAUUCAGGAUUUGUUCCCUAGACCAUGCCAGGACUCCAGGCAAUGCCAGAAAUGCCCUGAGAAAGAUCACAGCUGGAAAUCCUCCUACAACAACAACUCUGUUCCCACAAAGCAUACCACUGUCUCUGCUCGGAAGCACAUCCAUCUUUUUUCACAAACCCGCAGCGGAUCCUCCUUCGCUGGCCAGCUGUUUAACCAACACCCAGAUAUCUUUUACAUGUAUGAGCCACUUUACCAUGCACAACAGACCUUCUGCAACUACAGCAAGUGUCUCUGGAAGCCCAUGGACAGAGUUGUGCAGGCUGUCUACAGGGACCUCCUCUUCAACCUAUAUACCUGUGACCUUAAUUUCCUGGAGAACUACAUCCAGCCAGAGCCUCAAGAUCACCUGACAGCUUCUUUCUUCCGUCAGACCUCCAGCCAUGCUCUCUGCUCACCACCCGUCUGUCAAGAGGGUGAUAAGGAGAUUAUGGAAGGGCAGCCAGAUGAGAGCUGGUGUCACAAAAAGUGUCGAAUCCUAAACCUCACCUUAGCCUCCAUGGCUUGCCAGUCCAGAAGCCACGUGUCCAUCAAGACGGUACGGAUCCCUCAGGUCAGUGACCUUCGCCUCCUAACUGAAGACCCACGAUUAGACCUCAGGAUUAUUCACCUGGUGAGAGACCCCAGAGCAAUCUUGGCAUCACGCAUAACUGCGUUCACUGAUCAGUUCAUUGCCUGGAAGAUCUGGAAUGCCACAGACAGGCAACCACAUUAUGUAGACUUGACACAGAUUACGAGAACAUGCCAAGACAUGGUGUACUCUGUGGAUAUUGGUCUGAAGAAGCCAGACUGGCUGCGUGGACGGUAUCUACUAGUGCGCUAUGAGGAUCUAGCACUUAAUCCUGAAGCCAAGGCCAAGGAGAUCUACAAAUUCCUGGAUUUGGAUAUAGACAAUAAAGUUCUUACAUGGAUAUCUCAAAACACCAAUGUCACUUCCUCCACUUCCUCAAAGUACUCCACCAGCAGAGACUCCAAAACCACACCAGAGAGCUGGAGACUGAAUCUGGGCUUUGACAUUGUUAAGACAGUGCAGACACUAUGUAAUGAUACUUUGGCUUUAUUGGGCUACAAAAUAGUACAGUCUGAGGUGGAGCUGAGGAACAUAAGAAAUAGUUUAGUGGAACCAAGGACUUUUUAGAUAAUGAAGCAAAAAUGAGAAAGUAAAGGCCAGUUUCAGACGAAUGAUGUUGAAAGUACAUAGUGAUUUAGCCUCAAUAAUCAGUUUUUAAAUGUGAUUUAAGCCCAUUGACGAAGGCUUUAGUGUUCUAUAUAGGGACUCAGUAAGGAAUGUACAAAUCAGUCUUUAAUGUUUUCCUGUAUUGAUGUUUUCCUGUAUUAAUUUCCUGUAAUGAUCAGUGCUUUGAAUUGGAUAUAUAAAGUCUCUUCUACAGGGAAAUGCACAAAUUUCUACAUAUACAGUGCCUUCAAAUUAACUGCUACACUAUGGUUGUUAAAGUAAACAUGCAUACAAUGAAUCUUGUUUUAUAUGGGUUUCUGUAAAGUAUUUGUGUGGGGUAUAGUUUGGGCUCUACUUACAUUUGACACAUCACUGUUGUAAAACUGAAUAGCUACUGACUGUCAUUUCAACAACAUUGUAAAAUGCUAAUGCUAGUACAUAAGUGUGCAUCAGAAUA